AUGCCAUCAACAAUCAGCGAUUUUUAUCAUGACAAAUGUGUACUUGUUACUGGUUCAACAAGUUUUGUGGGAAAAGUUUUAUUAGAAAAAUUAUUACGUUGUUGUCCGACUAUCGAUAAAAUCUAUUGUCUUGUACGUACAACACCAUCGAUAACAAACUCAAAUAUUAAAUCUAAUACCAUCACUACAACAACGAUUGAUGAUUGUUUUGAUGAACUGUGUACAAAUAAACUAUUUGAUCGUGUCAGACGAAAUAAUCCAAAAUUUUCUGAAAAAUUAAUUCUAAUUGAUAUAGACACCAUUCUUAAUAAAGCUGAAAAUCGACAAGAUGAAGAAAACUAUCGUUUAUUACAAGAUAAUAUUGAUGUAUGUUUUUAUUUGGCAGCAAAUUCAUAUGAUUUUGAUGAACAAAAUUUAAAACAAAUGAUACAAACAAAUGUUAUUGAUUUAAAAUCGAUCAUAGGCCUUUUGAAAACAUGUACAAAAUUAAAAUCAAUUGUUUAUCUAUCGUCAAUAUAUGCUAACAUUGAUUGUCCGUAUAUAGACGAAACAAUUUAUCCGUGUCCCAUAGAUCCAGUUAAACUAAUUGAUGCAUUGAGUUGGAUGGAUGCCGAUAUGAUCGAAUUAGCUACUCCAAAAUUAAUUGGUACAAAACCGAAUACAUUUACAUUUUCUCACUGGUUAGCUGAAACCAUAUUAUCAAAUGAAAAAUUAACGUUACCACCAAUGUCAAUUGUACGCGUUUCAAUGAUUGGUUCAGCAUGGAAAGAGCCUUAUCCUGGUUGGGUUGAAAAAUCAAAUGGUCUAAGUGAAUUAUUUAUAUCGUCGUCUCGUGGUUAUUUACGUACAAUGAAAGGCGAUUCACACGCAAUUUUAGAUAUUGUUCCUGUUGACAUACCAGUCAACUUACUUAUUGUGGCGGCGUGGCAAAAAUACAAACAACAAACACAACAUUCAAGUGAAAAUAACCUCAAUGAUAUAUCAAUAUAUCACUGUACAUCAAGUGGUUUAAAUCCAUUUCAUUGGCAAGAGAUGGAAAAUUUUUUCACUGAAUUUUCGAAGCGUAUUCCAUAUGAGGGCGCAUUUAGACGACCAAAUUUAACCAUUACAAGUCAUAGUUUACUGCAUGAUUCUUAUGUAUUUUUUAGUCAUUUAAUUCCCGCUUAUUUGGCCGAUUUUGGUUUGAGAUUAAUAGGCAAAAAGCCUUAUAUUGUUGAUUUAUAUAAACAUAUCCAUAAAAUAUUAAUUAGUUUAGAAUCAUUUACAAUUAAAGGUGAAUUACAAUGUUCGUACGAUAGUUUAAAUGCGUUGAGAAGUUUAAUGCAACAACAUGAACAUGGUAAUAAUGAUGAUCGAGAUGAAUUUUAUUUUGAUAUUCGUUCGUUACAUUGGCCAACAUAUAUUGAAUCGUAUCUAAUAGGAACAAAACGUUAUAUAUUAAAUGAAGACUUAAAUAGUAUUAGUGUAGCCCAAAGUCAUUUAAGAAAUUUAAGAAAUAUUCGAUGGUUAUGCAAUACAAUUAUUGUUGUCAUGUUAUGGAGAAUAUUUAUAGCUAAAACACCGGCUGCACGAAAUAUUUGGUUUUUUGUUUUAAAUUUUGUCGCUAAAUUUGUCAAGUUUUUUAAAAUAAGCAGUGCUAUACGAGCAUAA